UUUCCAAUAUUUUUAUCUGAAAUUUCCAACUUUCUAAAUGCAUAACCUAUUAAAAAAAUAAGCUCCAUUUUGCCAUUCCUGCUUUAACACUGCUGCUCUUGGGGACCUCAUUCUCUUCUUUGCAGUUUCCAAAGACAUUUGCUUCCACACCUAGUUUCAAUUGUCCACUAUACACGUGGCUGAGUUCCAAUUCACUUCUGAGCUCUAGAAAAAUAUAGUUAAUUACCUGUUGAUGGUCUUCUUCACCUGGAUAUACCUGAGACAUGUCCAAUUUGAAGUUCCUAAGGUAAGUUAUCUUCCUCCUAAAGCUAACCCUCUCAUAGUCCCUAUCUUGGUAACUGGGCCUAAUGUUUACCUGAAACCUUACCCAGAAACUCCAACCUUUCUUUCCAUCUCACUAAUCAGAUAGAAAAUCUCGAUUUUAACGAACUCUUCAAUAUUUCUCAUAUCUACACCUUGUACCAGCUGCUUCUCCUUGGUACCUGAAGCCAUCAUCUUUUAGCUGGAGCAUUACAAUUACUUCUAGUCUUUCCUCUCCACUGUACACUGCCACCAGAAAGCUCUAACAUAAUUCUAAUCAUGCCACCCUCGUCAUUCAACCAUUCCAAAACCACGUUCUACAGAACACUGGUUCCAAGGGAUAUGAAUGCUGUUGCUAGAUAAAAAACUUUAUAACACAGAUUUAGAACAGAGUUUCUAAAAAGGUUUUUUUUUUUUUUUUUACCUUGUAGGACUUUUCAGAGCCUUUCAUGUGCUAAUUAUCCUGACUCAACAAAAGCACUAGGCCUUUUUUUUUUUUUUUUAAAGCACUAGGCUUUUGAGCAGUUACACAUUUAUUUAGCUAUGGACACAUUUAGCUUUUUUUCCACGAGGCAUCACAAAGUAUUAGUGUUUCACAGUGAGAGCUAUUGCUUCCAUAGCUUUCCAUCAUCUAUAGGACAUAAUUCAAAUUCUUUAGCAUAGGACUAAGAACGGGACUGUAAAGCUAGAAUAUCUGGGUUCAAAUUAUGACUGUGUCAUUUGCUUAGCUGUGUGACACUGGACAAAUUCCUUUUUUUCAUGAUUUUAUUAUUUUUUAAAAUCUGUAAUAUGAAGAUAAUAAUACAAUAUGGCAUAGGCUUGUUGUAAGGAUUACAGGACAUGUAAAGUAUGUAGGGCAGUACCUGGCACAUAGUAAGUGCCUAAUGAGUGCUAUAUUCUUGUUCAGGGUCUGUCUUCUCCAUCCUCACCUCCUAUGAAGGUAAGUCUGGAUUUAAUUACUUUUAGAUCCUGGAACUACAUCUCUUGCCAACCGUGCUGCUCUCCCCAGUCACCAGAAAUUCUUCUCUAGUCCCCCUUCUUUCACCUUAUCUCUACUUGGUAGCUCAAAAUUUUACAUGUUUUCCCAGGCUGACUUGGGCAUUCGCACAUUCCACAAGUAUUUACCAGGUGGCUACUAUACACCUUGCAUUGCUAGAGGGGGAGUCAGAUAUGUAAUAACGUUUAACACCCUGACUCCUUGCACAUGCCAGGGCGGCGAAGCUCCUGGUGAUUUCUCACAUCUGUCUUUCUCCUCUGCACUCCCUGUCCCCUGCGUUCCCCACAGGCCCAUUUCACAAACCCUGUCCCCUCAUCCAACUACCUGCUAGACUGCUCCAGAGCCUUUCACCUUUGUAUCCCCAGCACCUAGAAUAGUUUUUGGCACAAAACAUACUCCCAGUACAAAUGUGCUGAUUGGGUACGUGAAUCUGUCUUGCUCACUGCCCUGCAAUGGCUGUUACUGCACGGGACAGGCAGGCACCGUCCUCUCCCGGCCUUAUUUCCUUAACGGUAGAACAAGCCGGGUACCACCGGCCUCGGUGCUCUGCGCGUGGUUGGGGCACGCCGCUACCACCUGACCCGCCUGACCCACGGCUCCGACGUGGAGCGGGCACGCGCAACGCUCUCCCCUUCCCCAAGGUCAUUUGCAUGAAACAUGAUCACUGCUACCGAGGGAUCCUUUUGCUCCUGCUGAGUAGCGUCCACCUGCAUCUUCAGUCUUUGUGUUGACAGCCACAUUGUUCCACUCUCCAGAAGAUGAAGGACCUCUCGGAUUGUGCUUCUUACCUCAUAGUGAGAAUUAUCAGCAGGGCUGGAUGGAUUCCUAAGCAAUUCACACAGAGAGAGAGAGAAAGAGGCAGAGACAUAGGCAGAAGGAGAAGCAGGCUCCAUGCACCGGGAGCCCAACGUGGGAUUUGGUCCCGAGUCUCCAGGAUCAUGCCCUGGGCCAAAGGCAGGCGCCAAACCACUGCGCCACCCAGGGAUCCCAGGGCCCUAUGAUUUAUGCAGGAGCAGAGGCAGCACGCAAUCGAGCUGUCAAGAGAGCGUCAGCUUAUUAGGCAAAUGCUGCGUGGUUUCUGAAGAGGGUCGACGCUAUAAAAUCCCACUCCAGGCUCUGGUGUGGAGAAACUCAGAGCCCAAGUCCGUUGAGAGACUGAAGAGAAAGAUAAGAGGGGAAGAAAAAAAGAGUGAGGACAGAAAGGAGAAGGGAAGAAAGCCCCUGGAAAAGCCCCGGAGACGUUCCUCUGCUGAGAGGCGGCAGCGCCCCCACUCACCUGCAGAAGCACCUCAGAAGCGAGUGCCCUUAACAUGCGGCUGCCCCUGCUCCUGUCCGCGGGCGUCCUGCUGGUGGCUCUCCUGCCCUGCCCACCAUGCAGGGCCCUGCUCAGCCGGGGGCCCAUUCCGGGCGCCCGGCAGGCUGCGCAGCACCCCCAGCCCCUGGAUUUCUUCCAGCUGCUGCCGCAGCCCCAGCAGCCCCAACAGCCGCAGGCUCGGCCCGUCCUGCUCCGCAUGGGGGAGGAGUAUUUCCUCCGCCUGGGUAACCUCCACAAGAGCCCUGCGGCUCCCCUCCUGCCCGCCUCUUCACCUGUCGCUGGCGGCAGCGGCAGCCGCCUUUCGCCGGACGAGGCGGCCGCCAACUUUUUCCGCGCGUUGCUGCAGCAGCUGCCGCUGCCCCGCCGCCAGCUCGACAGCCCCGCUGGUCCCGCCGAGCGCGGGGAGGAGAACGCCCUCGGCAGCCGCCAAGAGACCCCGGAGAGGGAGAGACGAUCCGAGGAACCUCCCAUCUCGCUGGAUCUCACCUUCCACCUCCUCCGAGAAGUCUUGGAAAUGGCCAGGGCCGAGCAGUUAGCGCAGCAAGCUCACAGCAACAGGAAACUGAUGGAGAUUAUUGGGAAAUAAAACGGUGCGUUUGGCCAAAAAGAUGCAGCAUUUAGCACAAAAAAAUAAAAAAAUUAAAAUAAUACAGCAUUCUGUACCAUAUCGUUGCUCUGAUACCAUUUGUUUAUUUUUUUAAAGCUUGAAGCCUAGACGAUGUACAGCAAGAGAGCCUAUACUCCUUAAUUAGCAUGCACAAAGUGUAUUCACGUGCAGUAUCAGCAACAAAAUGUUAUUUCUAUUGUCUACUUUCAGUUUCCAUUUCCAGGUGUCUUUAAUGGUGUUUGAAAAGUAUAGACCCAGAAGGAAAUGUUUUGAAGCAGACAAAAGUUACCCGAUUUAUUUUGUUGUGGUCUGAGCCAAAGAGAAUGUCAUUCUCUUGGGUGGGUGAAACAAAAUCUGUAAGCUCUUUGAAUCAACCUUCCUGUAACAGUUCCAGUAAUAAAACAUCUUUCCAAUCCUUGGUCAAUUUGGUUGUGUAAGACAAUGUUGAAUAUUUAUAUUUUUAAUAAAAGCUGCAAAGGUAAUCAUGACUUUAUUUUUCCUUUUUAAUGUUCAUAGGAGUAAAACUCUCAGCUCCUGGCUUCCUACAUGCUGACUUCAGCACAAGAGAAAACAAAACUCCUUGCAUUAAUUUCCUACUUAAAAUACAAACAUAUGCAAGUGGCUUACACAGAUACUUCAAUUGCCUUGGACUCAUCUUUGUACCUCAGUUACUCC